AUGACUUCUGAGGAGCCAAUGUCUCUUUUAAGAGAAAGGAAAAGAAAAAGAGACAUAGAGAGAGACUCCGCCAGUAAGAACGGAAGAUAUGCUGCUGCUGCUGCUGCUGCUGCUGCUGCAGCUGUUGCAGCUGCUGCAGCAGAAGUUGCUGCAGGGCCAACAGCAGCAGCACCGGAAGCUACUGUAGCAGAAGAUGCAGCAGCAACAGCUGCAGAAUCAGCAGUUGGAGAAGGAGCAGCAACGGCAACCCAGGAAGCAGCAGCGGCAGCAACAGCAGCUCAAGAAGCAGCAGCAACAGCAACAGCAGCAGCAGCAGCGACAACAGUUGCUGCAGCGACAACAGUUGCUGCAGUCACAGCAGGAGCAGCAGACUCCGGCGCCUUCCCGGCCCCAAGUCCUGCUGCAACAGCAGCAGCAGCUGCUGCAGCAUCUGCUGCACCAGUUGCUUCUUCUUAUCUACUGCAGCAAUUGAGUGCCCAAUUGCUGCUGCCGUUCCCCCACAGCAGCAGCAGCACCAGCGCCCGCUUUGAAGCCGAAUCCACAGCAGCAGCAGCAGCAGCAGCAGCAGCAGCAGGAGGUGCAGCAGGAGGCGGCAGCAGCCCCGAGGCGACACCCACAGACGAAGCAGAAGAAGCAGCAGAUAUUCUGCAUGAUGAGAAGGAGAACCAAAACCCUAAAGAAGCAGCAAGAAACCAGCAGCAGCAGCAGCAGCAGUUGCUGCUGCUGCUGCUGCAGCGAAGAGACACACGGAGACGCUUCAGUGGAGCAAAUGAGCAGCCGCUGCUGCGGAUGCCAAAUGCGCCACCCAACAGUCCCACAGCAGCAGCAGCAACAGCAGCAGCAACGGCAGCAGCAGCAGCAGCAACAGCAGCAGCAGCAGCAGUUAGGUUUGGCCUUAUCGCCUCCUCUGGGUUGCAGGUGCCGAUGCACCUGAGACUGCAGCAGCAGCAGCAGCAGCAGCACGAGCAACAGCAGCAGCAGCAGGGAGAACUGCCGAUGGUGUCUCCAAUAACUAUUUCGCAGAUCCACGCAGCAAGCAGCAGGGAGCAGCAGCAGCAGCUGCAGCUGCAGCAGCUGGUGCAGCAGCAGCUGGCGCAGCAGCGGCAGCACCUCGUGCUGCUGCUGCAGCGGUUGGAAGCUGCGCUGCAGCAAGAAAGGAGAGAGACACUUGGCAGCUAA